CAAGAAAAUCAAUCGUGGCCGUUGAUUUACCAAUAUAAAGUCUCGCUAGGGUUUUAGAAAUAUAACACCUUCUCUCUUGGCAGAGCCACAAGACUCGGCCGCUUAAAAAAAUCAGAGUGAAAGCCAUGCCUUUCGUUAAAGCUCAAAAGACCAAGGCUUAUUUCAAGAGAUAUCAAGUUAAGUUCAAGAGAAGGCGAGAGGGCAAGACAGAUUAUCGGGCCAGGAAUCGUCUUAUUAAUCAGGACAAGAACAAAUACAACACCCCAAAAUAUCGAUUGGUUGCACGAUUUACCAACAAGGAUAUAAUUGCACAAAUCGUACAUGCUAGUAUUUCUGGUGAUAUAGUUCUUGCAGCAGCUUACGGACAUGAGCUUCCUCGCUAUGGACUUGAAGUUGGCCUUACAAAUUAUGCAGCAGCUUAUUGUGUUGGACUCCUUUUGGCUCGCCGAACACUGAAGCAGCUGGAGAUGGAUGCUGAAUAUGAGGGCAAUGUUGAGGCAACUGGGGAGGACUACAGUGUUGAACCAGGAGAGAGCAGGAGGCCUUUCCGUUCUCUCCUAGAUGUUGGUCUUGUCAGAACAACCACUGGUAAUCGUGUUUUUGGUGUGCUCAAGGGAGCUUUGGAUGGAGGCAUUGAUAUUCCUCAUAGUGAGAAGAGGUUUGCUGGAUUUAACAAGGACAGUAAGCAACUUGAUCCUGAAGUUCACCGCAAAUACAUUUAUGGUGGCCAUGUUGCAUCAUACAUGAGGACUUUGAUGGAAGAUGAGCCAGAGAAGUAUCAGUCUCACUUCAGUGAGUACAUAAAGCGGGGCAUUGAGGCAGACAACCUGGAGGGAGUUUACAAAAAGGUUCAUGCUGCUAUUCGCGCAAAUCCAGAAGCUAAGAAAUCUGAGAAGCCACCUCCCAAGGAACACAAGAGGUACAACCUGAAGAAGCUGUCUUAUGAGGAAAGGAAAGCCAAGUUGAUUGAUAGGUUGAAAGCUCUCAAUUCAGCUGCCGGAGUUGAUUCUGAUGAGGAUGAUGAGUAAAUUGCUGGAGUUGAUAAUAUGAUGUUAAGGAUGAGGAUAAUGCUGAGUAGACUCGGAAAUAGAAUUUGUGGCAUGUUUUGCCCUGUUAUCUUUGGUUUUGAUGCUAUAAUUUACUUUAAAAACCUGAAUCUUUGCUUGCUUUUGCUUAUUAGGGAUGACAAACUAGCUUUUUUCCCUCCGGAUCCUCUGGUUUUUGGGGGAUUGCGCUUUCAGUUAUUUGGUACUUUUAUUAUAUGAGCACUACUGGGCAUUUUGUUGUGUCAUAA